AAUGAAGUGGAUUGAGUCCGCACCACUUAGAAUCGGACGAUUAUCGGGGAUAACUACGCCUUGCCUUCUGUGACAAUUCGUGACGUCAGAAAGAUGUGCUUUCUUUUGUAAGACACAAACACUAUUGAAUUAGGUUUCAAGCGCUUCUUUCGCAUUUUAUUUAUGUGUUCAAAUUUGUUACAAAAACUGAAAGGUUGAAAACGUUUUCAAUCGGCCAGUUCGUUCUCAAAAAUUACCUAAAGUACGGUCUGCAAAGCACAUUGAAAGCUUUGGAUUGGUCUAAUAGUUUACAGUGUCACAGUUUCGGAGACUGACAUGGAGAAUCCAAGCUGUUCCGAGACGCUAGAUGAUGCCGGCUCUCAAGAAAAUCUUCCAUGUAACGGAUCGGCGGUUGAGACGGUAACCAUGAAAUCAGAAACCAUUCAUAAUCGGAAACGUCCCAAGAUAGAAAAAGAGCAGUCAGAGGAUAAUAAAAAGACCAAAAAGAUUUACAUGUAUGGCAAUUAUGAUCGCUAUUAUGGCUAUCGGAAUAUUAACAAAGCCCCAAUCGACGACGUUCGUUUGCAAUCCUUCGUCGCCCGGAAAGAUCUGAUAGUUGGCAAACGAAUGUUAGAUAUUGGUUGCAAUAAUGGAACAUUGACGCUAUUAAUAGCGAAAUAUUGCAAACCAGCAAGUAUGCUUGGAAUAGAUAUCGACGGAAUGCUCAUAAAUGAUGCACUUAGGCAUCAAUCAACGAUGCUGAAAAUGAGCUAUUCGGAUGGGAGCACCAGCGACGACAGAAGAUCAAUGGAAUGUGUGCAAUUUCAGCGGGUGAAUUAUGCGUAUAAGAAUGCAGCCCUGUUGGAAUGUGAAAAGCCCCAAUAUGAUGUGAUUUUGUGCCUUUCCGUGACUAAAUGGAUUCAUCUAAACUUUGGCGAUGACGGCAUGAAACUGGUUUUCAAGCGAGUGUAUAGACAACUACACGAUGAGGGAAUAUUUAUCUUGGAGGCACAGCCAUGGAAUAGCUACAAACGAAAGAAACAUUUAACAGAGCAUAUUUUUGAAAAUUUCAAGAGAAUUGAUUUUCGUCCAGAACAAUUCAAUGAGCAUCUUUUGAGUGACGCCGUUGGAUUUCGGGAGAUGUUUGAGUUAAAAGUUGAAAGUCACACGACAAAGGGCUUUAGGAGACCAAUUUUUGUAUUCCGUAAAUAGCACCGUGUAUUGUUGAUACUUCGUUAAUUUGUUGAAUUAUAAAAAAUGUCAGAAUUUGAAA